AUGCGGUCGCCAUGCUACCAACUCUCAACGUACGGACUGGCAAGAUGGCUGUUUCGGCGCCUCAAAUUUCUGACCGCUGAUACGGACACCACGGUCUGUUCGUCAACGCAAUUCCUGGAGAAGCUUAAAGGAGUAAGUCUCUUGCCCAAUGAGGUCAUGGUAUCUUUUGAUGUCACGUCCCUCUUUACUUCUAUCCCCCAGGAUCUGGCAAUCGAGACCGUCCAACUACUCCUACGAAACAAAUACGAUGAAACGGAGAAUCCUCUCGGACAUGCCCAAGUCCUUCAGCUCCUAAAGUUCUGUCUCAGGACGUACUUCACGUUUGACGGAACAAUCUACGAGCAAGUGAAGGGAACACCGAUGGGCUCGCCGAUUUCGGGAUUCAUCGCCGAGGCGGUGCUACAGCGGUUGGAGUCGCUGGUCUUCCAACACCACAGACCGAAAUUCUGGGCUCGGUAUGUGGACGAUACCUUCGUCGUCAUCGAACGGGAUCAGGUGCUAACGUUCAAAGAACGUCUCAACAGCGUCUUCCCGUACAUACAAUUCACGAUGGAGGAGGAAGAGAAUAACCAGCUGGCAUUCCUUGAUGUCCUCGUCUGUCGCAAAGAUUGUGGUGGCCUAAAGACCAAAGUGUUCAGAAAAGCAACGAACACGACGCAAAUUCUGAAUUUCAACAGUAACCACCCAAUCUGCCACAAACGCAGUUGCGUAAGAACGCUAUUUCGGCGUGUUGAAACGCAUUGCAGUGAACCGGAAGACAAGGUUGCCGAAUCCCAAUAUCUUCGACGGGUUUUCCGAGAAAACGGUUACCCGCGCAACUUCGUCAACCAGUGCUUGCGCAAACGAGACGAGCGACAAAAUCGCGCCGACCCCAAAUUCUGGCGAGCGAUCCCGUACAUCAAGAACGUCUCCGAGGCCGUUAGCCGCCUUCUUGCACCACUUGGGGUUGGAGUUGCGCACAGACCGGAGGCCACCAUGAGGCGUCAAGUGAUGAGACCAAAAGACCCACUGUCACGGCAAGAAACAUCUGGAGUCGUUUACCGGAUCUGGUGCAGUUGCGGACAAAGCAACUACGUCGGAGAAACUGGAAGACUGCUCCGGACGCGAAUUGCCGAACACGUGGCAGCUGUACGGAGAAAUGACGCCAACUCUCAGGUCGCGGCCCAUUCGACGAGACCCGGCCACACAUUCAAGUUCGAUGAGGCCGAAAUUCUCGCGAGAGGGGAUAAUCGCGUGAGCCGCGAGUUGCUUGAGUCAUGGUUCACGGGACCUCAGUCUAUCAACAAGUGCAAUGACAUCCCCACUCCAUAUUCAGUCCUGAGGCAUAGACUGGCCAAAGCAAUUGACCACUCGAGGAGCGCGCAAGCACGUGAGCCAGAUGGCCGAGCAAUCAUCUCGCCAGCAUCUAACACGGGUGAUGAGAUGUCAGCAAUUAACAACUUGCAUGCCGGCCAUCAAGCAAUUAGCGCACCUGCGGGCAACAAUCCUUGA